UUAAAAUAUUAGUACCAUUUAAAUACCAAAUAAAUAAUUAAAACCAAAAAAUAUCAAACCACCAUAUUGUGGUAUUGACUCUGAUAAAAUGGUAGUGUUGUCCUUUAGUAUGUAUAUUUUUGUGCUGGUUAAAUGGAUAUCUAAAUCUGUCGAGUCAAAAAUACUGUGAAAUCCUUGAUUGGGCGUCGCGCUCAUUUGUUUUUAUUCGGUGGUUGCCGGACGUCCGGAAGAGCUCGAGGACUUUUGAAAUGCAUAGCAAGAUGACUGUUGUUAAAAUAUAAUUUAGAACACACGCAUAUGCGCAGCAGUCAUCUGGACUCGGGCUUUGUGCGUAGGCGCGUGUCUUAAGUCUAAUGGCAUAUUUAUAUUUGAUACAAAUAGGAGUAGCGUACAAUAAUUGAUAUAGUUUACGUUUUGUGCGAGUGAUGUUUGCGAAAAAAUAGAAUCGGCAUAAUAUUAUUAUACCACGUGGGUUCUCUGGCAUCGACAGUUUUGCGCGGAAUUCCUUGGCAACACCAUAAAGCACUUCAAUUUUGUCUGUUAAACGCGUACACGCUCACAUACUCGACUUCCGUUCGUCUUGUCCCAGUAAGUCAUCGCACAUCCUUAAUAGUAUACAUAAAAUAUCUCUUGCUUUGCAAUUUAGCAAUGUCUUUUCUUGACAUUGUGUCAAAGUUCAACCAACAGGCGGUUGAACACACUCAGUCUCAAGCCCUUAAUCCAUUUUCGGGACAAUUUGACCAGUCUCGAUCACCUUCUCCACGAUUUUCCCGGGAAGAAUAUGGAAAACCGAUAGCCGGUUCAAAAACAGAUAUGCGAGGGAGGAAAGCUAAAACACAUAUUUGUCGAGAAAUUUUGGAAUUAUGUACGGUUAUACACGACGUUGGUUCAUAUAAUUUGACCAAAAAAUCACCUGACGAUAAUUCAAAUGAGUUCGACGAUGGCACCAUUAUCGUCACAUUUGGCGAAAUAUUCCAAAUUUAUACAAAAAUAUCAGACAAGGUAGUUGGUCUACUAAUAGCAGCCAAACGACGAGGAUUUGUAUUCUUUGACCGUGAAAUAUUAUACCAAAGAAGAGAUGAUGACGUGUUGAUUGCUUUAAUGAAGCCAAUCACUGAAAUCAACAAAAUACUUAAGGCAGAAAUUGAAGAAGCAAAUGCACCACCACCCUCUCAGCCAACUACACAAGUAAUAACAGACGAAGCAAAUUUGAAAAAACCGGUGGCUAUGAAACUUAUUAAGUCUAGCAAUAAUGAUUCGAGUAAUUUCAUAAAAGAUUCAAUUAAGGUAAAUGGUAUAGCCAAUGAAGAUAAAAUGUCAGAUGUCCCUAUGUCGCAAGUUGUAGUCGUCGAGAUAACCGAUGAAUGUGAUAAUAAAAAAAGUGAGAGAGAUGGGGAAGAUAUAACGAAUGAUAGCUCAAAUGAGGUGUGCGAUAACGAAAAACUCGAGGUAGAAAAAAGUACAAAUAACUUAGGAGUUGUCCAAGAAUCACGUCUUGAUAGUCAGUCGGUAGAUUCUGUAUGCGUCGGUGAAAUAGUUUUAGAUGAUAUUGAGAAAGACGUUGGAGGAGUUCAUGAAAUAAUUAUAAAUGCUAUAGAUAGUGUAGUAAAAAAUGAUAUUCAGCAGGAAGACUUCAACGAUAAAACAAAUGGGGAAUCAAAGAAUAUAUUAGUGAAUACAGAGGUGACUUUAAAAUAUGAAAGUCUUGGUGAUAUUAGAACCAAAACUGAAGAAGAAAAAGAAUCUGAAGAAACAAUUAGUGAAGGUGUAGAAGUAAAUAUUGACACUGAAAAAACAAUUGAGAGAGAAUUAGAUGAAUUUAAAUUAGAUAAUAACAUAAAUUUUGACGAAGCUAAAGAAAAUCAAAUUAAUAUUGAAAAUAAUUCAUACAAUACUAAGAAUAAAGAUGAUAGCAAUGAAUAUAGUGUUAAUGAUUAUGAUGAUAUAGAGAAUAAAAUUGAAACAAAUAUUGAAGGAGAAAAGAAUGAAGACAAUAGUAAUGAAAGUAAUUUAGUUGAUAAAAUCUGUCCAGAUGAUAUUCUAAUAUUAAAUGUGUAUGAAGUAGUAAAUAAAGAAAGUGUUGAACUAGACAAAAAUAAAAUAGAUUCGUAAAAUCUUUUGACAUAUGCAUUUUCAAUCAACUAUUCCAAUUUUUAGUACUAGUUAUAAUUUUUAUGUUAUGUUUAUGUUUAAAAAUAAAUACUUAGGUUUAAGAAAAAGUUUGUUAUUGCUUUUGUUAUUGAAUGUUUGUUAGCUAUUAUAAUCUAUACACAUACUUCUCUUUAUAAACUAUUGUAUAACUUAGCAUCUAUAUUGCUCUAUUUGUAUUCACAUUUUCUUCAACUUUUACUAGUUAAAAUUAAUAUUUUUUUACUUCAGCCCAUGCAUAUAUUUAAAAAUUGUGUUUUAUUUUAUGUUUUUAUAUUGCUUUAAUCCAUCCGAAACCACAUGUUAAUGAAAAUAUA